GUAACAUGUUUUACUUUAGUCCUAAGGCGGAUCUACGGUAGGUUCUGUGAUUUUCGUGAACUCAUUGCUUUCGCCUCGAACUAUAUAGUUAUGUACAAGAAAACUUUGAAAUGUUUCUGUAGAUUAAGAUCACAUUAUUUCGUAGUCAUUACUCUUAUUUCCUCUAUAUGUCUGUCGCGUGCUGCUCUCCGUAUCACAUUAUUUCAUUGUUGUUACUGCUCGGAAAUGCUUUAUUUUAAGCCGAGACAACCUAUAUAUCUCUAUGAGGUAGGUGUAAGGUCUGCAUACACUGUACCUCCUCCGACUCUGCUUGUGAGAUUACAUUGGGUAUAUUUUUGUUGACUCUAGAUCCUGAAUUCGUUUUUGUAUGAUUUGGAGUCCAGGCAAUGAAGGAAAUCUAGGUAGGAUGUUAUUCUACUAAAAUCUUUCCAAAUCUUGACAUUAUAAUCCUUACCAUAAUACUAUGUGUAUAUAUUCAGAGGCGGAUCUUGGACCGUCCCAUGAUUCAACUGAACUCACUACUUUCAGCUCUAACUAUAUACAUCACACUCGUUUUGAACUCACGGACUCUAGGCAAUGGAGGAAAGCUUUUAGGAUGUUAAAGUCACACUCGUUCUGGACUAAUCGAUUUAGAUACAUUAGACUCUAGGCAAUGGAGGAAAUCUUGUCGAAUGUUAUUCAACUAAUUAUUUUGAAAUCUUGUCAUAAGUCUUACAAGCUUUCUCUUUUUCAGUUUCAGCGAUUGUGUAUAUGAAGUGUGUGUGAUAAAGAAAGAAGGAAGAGGAGGGAACUUGUAGAGUUGAAAGAAUGGGAAGUAAAGAAAGGGAAAUCAAAUCACCUGAGGUUCAGUUAGGAGGGAAUUCUACACCAAAAAGGGGUUCAAAGAAACUCGGAAUCUACUUCCUUGAAUCGGAUGAUAGGAGAACAGCUUUUGGACGUGGUUAUAGUGCUGGAGUAGGAGGAGCUACUCCUGUGAAUAUCCAUGGGAAGCCUAUUCCGGAUAUAAACAAGACAGGUGGCUGGAUAGCUGCCUUGUUCAUUUUCGGAAAUGAAAUGGCUGAGAGAAUGGCUUACUUUGGCCUAUCUGUUAACAUGGUGGCGUUCAUGUUCUACGUUAUGCACAGGCCUUUUUCUAGCUCUGCCGGUGCUGUUAACAAUUUUUUGGGCAUAUCACAGGCUUCCUCUGUGUUGGGUGGUUUCAUUGCUGACGCUUACCUUGGUAGAUACUGGACUAUUGCUAUCUUUACCACCAUUUAUCUAGCGGGAUUGACAGGAAUAACAUUAGUAGCAACUAUUAAGGUAUUUGUGCCCAAUCAAGAUCAGUGUGAUCAGAUUGCCCUUCUUCUAGGAAACUGCGAACCAGCAAAAUCUUGGCAAAUGAUGUACUUAUACACAGUGUUAUAUGUGACGGGGUUCGGAGCAGCAGGGAUAAGGCCUUGUGUCUCAUCAUUCGGGGCUGAUCAAUUCGAUGAGAGAAGCAGAAACUACAGGUCACACCUGGACAGGUUUUUUAACUUCUUUUACCUGUCAGUCACAGUUGGGGCGAUCGUGGCCUUCACCGCAGUUGUGUAUAUUCAAAUGAAACAUGGAUGGGGAGCUGCUUUUGGGUCAUUGGCAAUUGCCAUGGGCCUGUCCAACAUGUUAUUCUUUGCUGGCACUCCUAUGUAUAGGCAUAGGUUGCCUGGAGGCAGUCCUCUCACGCGUGUUGCCCAAGUCCUAGUUGCUGCCUUCCGCAAGAGGAAUGUUUCGUUCCAAAGCAGCGAGUUUGUAGGCUUGUAUGAACUUCCUGGUAAAAGAUCUGCUAUCAAGGGCAGCAGCAAGAUAGCUCAUACCGAUGAAUUCAGAUGCUUGGACAAAGCAGCUCUGCAGCUAAAAGAUGAUGAUGGUGCCAAUCCUUGGCGGCUUUGCACCGUGACUCAAGUAGAAGAAGUUAAAAUCCUUCUGAAACUUCUUCCGAUUCCAGCCUGCACUAUAAUGUUAAGUGUGGUUCUUACGGAGUACUUGACUCUAUCAGUCCAACAGGCAUAUACGUUGAACACUCACAUGGGACAUUUGAAACUUCCUGUCACCUGCAUGCCAGUCUUUCCAGGCCUCAGCAUAUUUGUUCUGCUCUCCCUCUAUUACUCUGUGUUUGUUCCAAUAUCUAGGCGGAUCACUGGCAACCCCCAUGGUGCUUCUCAGCUUCAGAGAGUUGGCAUUGGCUUGGCAGUCUCUAUACUCUCGGUGGCGUGGGCUGGUGUCUUUGAGAGGUACCGAAGAACUUACGCAAUACAACAUGGUUAUGAGGCUAGUUUUUUGACUCAAAUGCCUGACCUCAGUGCCUAUUGGUUACUUAUCCAAUAUUGUCUAAUUGGGAUAGCUGAAGUAUUUUGCAUAGUGGGAUUACUCGAAUUUCUGUAUGAAGAGGCUCCUGAUGCAAUGAGAAGCAUUGGUUCAGCUUAUGCUGCUGUGGCUGGUGGUCUUGGUUGUUUUGCAGCCACCAUUUUGAACAGCAUUGUCAAGUCUGUCACAAGGGGAAAAGGCGAAACACGAGAAUCCUGGCUUUCCCAGAACAUAAACACUGGCAGAUUCGACUACUUCUAUUGGCUCCUCACUGUCAUGAGUCUCAUCAAUUUUGCUGCAUUUCUUUAUGCAGCACAUUGUUAUCAGUACAGAUCAAAGGAUGGGACUGACAGACAAAGUGACAAAGGGCCUGGAUCCGAUCAUACCAGUAUUAACGCACAAGAUCCCAUUAAAAAUCCGCAGUUAAGUGUGUUUGGACGAGAGUAGUAUCCUUGGAAAUCCUUGGGUUGCGUCCCUUGCUCACAAAAUGUGAAAAAAGAGCAUACCUUUGCCACUAUCUCAACCACUACUAAUAAGUAAUGUUGUUCCUUAACAAAGACGAAAAAAGAAAGAAAAAUCUUUUCUUGUAAGUGACAUAGUUAUAGUAGGGUGCCGAGGGUGUAUCAAAAACAACAUUUCUACCCCACAAAGGUAGGGGUAAGCUCGCGUACAUCCUAACCUUCACAGACUCCACUUGUGGGACUUCACUAGAUAUGUUGUCGUUGUUGACAUAGUAAUAGUAGGAGGCAAAUGAAGCCAAGACCUGAGAAAGAAACGAAUUACUCUCAGUUACUGGAAAAUAAUAGGAUAUAUGGCUAUUCAUUCAUGGUGUUUUAUCUUGUAAUGUUGUUGAAAUUGUUCAUCAAUUGAUUCUUGCACACUUGAGCAUGUUGAAAUGUUGAUGUCUUGGAACUUUCGA